AUGGAAGGAGAGAAGGAGCUGUGCGUGGCCUUUUUCAAGGAGAUUGCAGGAAGGGAUCUCCACACCGACAUCUCCAAAGAUGAUGAGGCCAAUAGUGGGAAUGAAGAUGAUGGUCCCCUGGCAGAUGAUCCCAAGAACGUGAAACAAUAUGAGACAUUACCAGAGGCAUUUGAAGAUAAUGCUUUCCAGAGAUGCAGCAAGGCAGAGGCCUAUGAGAGCCAGCAUGUGUCAGAAAUGCACCAGAGGGAUCUCCUUGGGGAGAGACAGGAUGACGAAGAUGCUAUAGGAGACAAUCACUCUGGAUACAGUGAGUGUGAGGAAAUCAUCAGUCAGACAUCAAAUCUUCAGCAGCAUGAGGCAUCCCAGACAGAGAAACCCCACAAAUGUCCCAAAUGUAACAAGGGCUUCAGGUGGUGCUCUGAUUUAAUUAAACACCAGAGAACCCACACAGGUGAGAAGCCCUUCAUAUGCAGUAAGUGCGGGGAAAACUUCAGGGUGAGCUGCCACCUUAUCUCCCACAGAAGAAUGCACACAGGAGAAAGGCCUUACCCUUGUCUCAAAUGUAGGAAAAGCUUCAGCCGAAAGUCUCACCUUAGAAAUCACCAGAGAGCCCACACUGGCGAGAGGCCCUUCGAAUGCAUGCAAGGUGGAAAAGGCUUCAGUGAUUUCUCAACGCUCACCCAGCACCAGCGAACCCACACAGGUGAGAAGCCCUAUGUGUGUUCCCAGUGUGGGAAGUGCUUCAAACAGAGCACUCACGCCAACAGACACCAGCGAGUCCACACAGGAGAAAAACCCUUUAUGUGUGCAGAGUGUGGGAAGUGCUUCCAAAACAAGACACAUCUCAAGCAGCACUGUAAACUUCACCUGAAAUAG